UGCUUUAGCAGCCAUGCAGGACUGCCUACGAAUGACUGGAUGACCAGCAUGUUUCUGGCAGCUGAGGCAUCUUGGCCUGUGCUGUGGUUGUGGUCUCAAGCUCUCUUCUGCCUCCUCUUCUGUGCCCCUUCUGGUUGUUGUACUUCCUGCCCCGAGCAGUGUCAGUGUACCAACUACUCCGGAGCAACAGCUGUUCUGUGCAGCGCAAGCAACCUGGAAGAGAUUCCAAAGGACAUUCCCAAAGACACCAUGUUUUUGAAGCUGGAUGCAAAUAAAAUCACUGCUGUCCCCAACAGCACGUUCAGGCAUCUGGCCCACUUGCAAGAGAUAGACCUCUCCAAAAAUGCCAUCGAGAAGAUUGACUCUGCAGCAUUCAAAGGGGUUGCUGAUGGCCUGAGACUGCUCGAUCUCUCUGGCAACCAUAUUCAGAGGAUCCCAAAGGAAGCCCUGGUCAACCUGAAUGCCAUGAUCCGUCUAUCCAACAACCCCUGGCAUUGCGAAUGUACUUUGCAGGAAGUCUUGUGGGAAGUGAAACUGGACCCCGAGUCAGUCAAUGAGAUCACCUGCCAAACAUCAGUGCAAGAGGAAUAUGCUGGCAAGCCUCUGCUCCACAUUCUGGAUUCAGGCAUCAACUUUUGCAACAUGCACCAGAAAACCACCGAUGUUGCCAUGUUUGUUACCAUGUUCAGCUGGUUUACUUUGGUCAUUAGCUAUGUGGUGUACUAUGUUCGGCACAACCAAGAGGACACAAAGAAGCACCUGGAGUACCUGAAAUCACUGCCUAGCACCAGGGUUCCUAAAGAGACCAUCAGCACUAUCCUGUAGCCAGCCAAGAAUAGUGACCCUCAGCUGAGCAUCCAGGAGAGGCUAUUGGGUGGGAUCUGGGACUUUUAUUUCCUACUAGUUCUUCACGGACUUUUCUAUUUUUUUAAAACAUGUUUAACAGGAAGGGAAAGCUUUGUUGUUGUUGUUGUUGUUGUUGCUUAUCAGCAUAGAGGUUCCCCAUGUUGUGCGUUACGUUAUAAACAGUGGGGUCUCGGCAGAAACAAUGCUGUAUAAAAUGAGCUGCUUUCCAGGAGAAUAUUUGGACAGUAGGCGAUUGACUGUGGACACAGAAAUCUGCAAUCAGGAUUUGACUCAUGAAGAAGAGAUGUGAAAGAGGCUCACAAUUUCAAGAGGAAGUAUGGACAUGGCUGACUUUUGUUUGACGUUUUGGGAUACUGCAGAAGCACUGUCCUGCUCAUGUUCUGCAGCAGCCAGGGUACCUAGGCGAGCCACAUGUGGAGGUAGCAUCGAACCAUCAGAACUAGUAGGCACUGAAGCACAAGGAAUCGGAACCCAACUCAAGAUAAUUCUCCAAAAUUUUCUUCCCCCUUGAUUUUCCUUUCAAAGUAAUUUCCUUUCUAUUAAAAUGCAUGGGAAUGGUUGAAUAAAAUGUGGGAUAGAUUUUUGGGGUUGCAUUUUGAUAGCAUUUGUGGGAACAUGGGGCAUCUGCACAUAGCAACUAAUGAAAUAAUGCUUUAACAAAUAACAGCAAAAACCAGGGAUAGCACAAUGCCAGACAUGCUUCUGGGCAUUGAAAUGGACAGUAGCUCAGGGCCUUUUUCAGAUGAUCAGUUUUAUAGUACAGUUUAUGCACCUUUGCUAUUCAUCCAUUUGUGUCCUGGGAUGCACGGGUCUUAUUCUGCUGGGUACACCCUUCACUAUUACGAGGUGUGCAGAGCGUGUUGUUGCAUGUCACAGUCAGAGCUGUGGGAUCACUCAUGCCUGGUUCCCAAGGACCCUGAUAUAUUUACCAGGGCCCCUGAUCUGUUCUGCUGACUUCUGAGUGUCCAUUGCUGCCAAUGGAGGGCAUUUGUUUAUGAAAACACCACCCAGCCAGUCUCCUUUCUUGCAUAGUUUCAUCCCAUUGCAAACCAAGUACAAUCAA